AGGCUCUAAUUGCGGGACCGGCGAGGAGGCUGAAGCACCCAACCUGAACAGAGAAGGUCGGAGCCUCCAAUUGCGAGACCGGCGAAGAGGCUGAAGCACCCAAACCUGCCGCAGAUGAGCCGAGACCAACGCCGUCUGUUGUUUCUUUGUUCGCCGCCUCUUCACGUCUGAAAAUCACCGGCUACGCACCACCACUUGUUUGGUUAUUGCCCCGGAUGGUCUGGAAGAAGUAGAACAAACUUAUGUCAUGUCUAAUUUUGCAUUCAAGGCACACGGUAUAUAGAAAUGUUGCGGCCAGGUUUGAUAUAGAAAUCCACCGAGAGUGGAGACGAAUUGUCAACGGAGACAAGGAAUAGUAGCGACGGCAUUGCGACCAAGGACCACCCACACUCUGCCACACCCCACUCCCCACCAAUCGCCUUCCCCCACGUUGUUUCCUUCCUCCUUCUUCUGCUAGUUUCUGGGUUUUAAUUUAAGGUUUCUUGAACAUAUAUAUGGAUCCUCGAUUCACUGGGUUGCCGACUCUGUAAGCACUUUCAAGCAGAGACACAAUUCAUGGGUUACGUGCAAGAAGCAAGAGAAAAUCACGUCAAGAAGAAGGUUGAAGAAGCUUUACGCAGCAAAAUGAAGCAGAAGGCGCUAAAGGAAUGCGAUGAAUAUGCUGCGAAGUAUGCUGAAUGUGCAACUGGAAAAACAAUAUCUGUGGUUUGGCAAUGCCGCAAACAGGCUAAAGAAUUAAAUAAUUGCCUUCAUCAGUAUACCAAUGAGUCUGUGUUGGAAGAAAUGAAGAAAGAGUACGCCCUCCAGCAGGAUGGAAAGGAGCCAAUGAGAUUAUAAAUUGUGCGGUUGGGAUUUUUCUCUGGCGACAGCAACACAGCACAGCAGCACCCUUUUAGCUGAACAGAUUUUUCUUCACCUGAAAGGCCCAACAUUGUGUCGAUUUGAUGUGAUGAGAAUUCCAAGCCAGAAUAAAAACACAAGAAAACUCUUUGGUGUUUGCAAUUAUUAUACAGGGACCAUGGUACAUAGUGCUAUGUGUUGUGUGGAACAUGGUUAUCAAAUGAAAUUGUAGUAUAAAUGUAUAAUUAAAAUGAUACUUUAGUGUUGCUAAAA